GGUUAUGAUAACAAAGCAAAUCACCCAGUUGAAAUGGCCAGUUCUUACUACAGGGCAAUUACGUUUUUGGGAUUAUUUUCAUUAUUACAUGCUGCUUAUUCUGCUGCACAACAUCGAAGCUACCUGAGGAUAACUGGACAAGAAUUUACUUCACUACCUUCUGAUAUUAUCAUUCAAGGAAUCAUUAGUUUAUUCCUAACCAUGUACGGUGUUAUACACAUUGCUGGUGAAUUUAAAGAAAUCAGAGCGACUGUGGAAUUAGAAUCGAGAACAUGGGAAACGCAGAAGAACUUACCAUCUUUUUACAUAUUUAAUCACAGAGGAAAAGCCUUAUCACCCACUUACAUGCCUGAAUACAGGUCUAAUGGUUCCAGUUGAUAAGUAAUUUGGUUAUGGUUAUCAAGAACUGUACUGUGAAUAGAUCUGGUCUUUUUUUAAGGCCAAUAAAUUAAAUUUCAGCGCAAUUCAUUUAAUAUUUUAAUAACAUUGAUUAUUAAUGUUCAAGGAAAACAUAAUCAAUUUACUUCAUUAAAAAUUCUUACAAAAUCAGUGAUUCUGUAUUUGAUUUUUAAUAAUUCCGUUUCUAAUUUAU